UCCAUUCCCCCACACGCAGGCAUUCCUCCGGAAAACCAGCCUGCACCAUGGCCAUCACAGCUUCACCGGCCAUCGCCUUCACCGGCCUGUGCACGGCGAUCAGCGCCGCCUUCCUGCCCUCCUUCCUCAGCGAGUCCUCACCCUCACCGGGAUCAACCGGCGGCGCUCAAGCCGCGCGGUCCGGCGACCCCGCAGCUGAAGCGGUCCCGCUCGCUGCCGCCACCUUCUUCGCCGCCGUCACGUUCCUCUACGUCCACCUCCGCCGCGGCGGACGGCGGAUCCCGGAGGAGGCGCUCUUCGUCCUGUGCGGCUCCGUCGCGCUCCUGGAUCUUUCCUUGCCCGCGCAGCAGCCAGGCACCGUCCAAUCGCCACUGCUCUCUGCGGCAGUGGCUCGAGUGCUGCCGCCUGCUGCGGUGGCCACGUUCUUCCUGGCCGUGACGUUGAUCUAUGCGCACGGCCAUGCCGCCGGCACUGACUCGAACCAGGAGAACCCGGCGGCGGUGGAGCUCCUCGAAAAGCUGACGCUUGCGGCUGCUCUCUUCACGUGCGUGCUCAGCUUGUUUGCCGCCGCCCUCAUCCUCGACACCAAGUGAACUGCCUGCAACUUCUUCCACAUGUAAUGCCCGUCGCCGCUCGGGUUCUUGCCAUGCCCGCGGUGGUUGUUUCUUUUGCUGUGAAUAAUUGCGGUUCUGGUGUUUGUAAUGGAUUUUUUUAGAAGAAGAGAGUCUUUUGCACAAA